GAUGUUUGUGUUGUUGACGUGUUGGUCAUAUACACACAUUAUAUUUACCGUAAUUACAUAAUUAAAAACUUUCUGAUUCAAGUUAUAAUUGAUCGAAUGGAUUAACCGUAUUUUAAGUUUGAUUGAAAUUAACUUUUUUGUUCUCUUCCAACUAAUACUUUUAUUGAAAAUUAUUUGAUUUUUUUUGAAAAAGUUAAAUAAUAAGUUUGUUUCUUUCUGGAAAUUUGUGGUUGUGAUUAUUAUCUUCAUCAAUAAUAAUGGAAUAUAUUAAAAGUGGAUGGAAAACCGUGGUAGGCGUACCAUCUAAUUCUGUUCUUGAUGAUCAGCCCAAUGUUGCUGAAACGGUGGAACGAUUGGUCGAACGUGUUGAAACAUCUACGCUUCUUGAAGAUCGUCGUGAUGCAUGUCGUGCACUGAAAUCAUUGUCCAAAACUUAUCGUUUAGAAGUUGGAGCCAAAGCUAUGGAUGCUUUAUUGUUUGUUCUACAAAAUGAUUCAAAUGAUAUUGAUAUCGUUGCAUUUUCAUUGGAAACAUUAAUCAAUAUAAUUGGCAAUGAAGAAGAUAAUAUUCAUUCAUCUGAUUCACCUACAAAUAGUCAAGAUUUAAGCACUCAAUUUACUGAAAUAUUUAUCAAACGAAAAGAAAAUGUUCAAUUAGUAUUGGAUUUAUUAGGUGAAUUUGAUUUUAAAAUUCGUUGGCCAACAAUCAAAUUAUUAUAUAGUUUAUUAAGAAAUAAACUUCGUGAAUGUCAAGAUUGUAUUCUUACACAUCCUAUGGGUAUAUCACGUAUGAUGGAUCUUUUAUCCGAUCCACGUGAAGUAAUACGUAAUGAUGCACUAUUAUUAUUGGUUGAUUUGACUAAAAAUAACACGAAUAUACAGAAAAUUGUUGCAUUUGAAAAUGCAUUCGAUCGGAUAUUAGAUAUCAUCACAUCUGAAGGUUAUAGUGAUGGUGGCAUAAUUGUCGAAGAUUGUCUUUCAAUUUUGUUGAAUCUAUUGAAAACGAAUACUUCUAAUCAAAAUUUUUUCAAAGAAGGAAGCUACAUUAAUCGUUUAUUACCAUUUUUUGAUUUUUCAUUCGACACUAAUUGGAAUACACAAAAAAUUAAUAAUCUAUUGCUCAUGUUCAAAGUGAUUCGUUCAUUAGUGUCGCCUAAAAAUCCUCAACAAGUUACAAGUUCCUGUCAAAAAGUAAUGAAUCAAAAUGAAGUAUUGCAGAAAUUAUGCGCCAUACUUAUGUCCAAUGGUAUUCCAGCCGAAAUUCUUACCGAGACAAUCAAUUGUGUUGCUGAAGUAAUCCGUGGCAAUCAACAGAAUCAGGAUUAUUUUAGCCGUGUAAAUGCACCGAUUGAACCACCUAAACCGGUGAUUGUUAUUUUAUUGAUGUCGAUGAUCAAUGAAAAACAACCAUUCGAAUUACGAUGUGCUGUUCUUUAUUGUUUUCAAUGUUUUCUGUAUAAAAAUGAUCUUGGCCAGGCACAGAUUGUCGAAACAUUAUUGCCCACUACAUCGGAAAUAACGAAUUUUGAUGUUUCUGCUGGACAAUUAUUAUGCAGUGGAUUUUUUAGCUAUGAUCAUUUAUCAAAUUGGUUUGUUGCCAUUUCUCUUUCAUAUGCAUUAUUGGAUAAUGUAACACAAAAAGAACAACUGCUUCGUGUUCAAUUAGCUACCGAUCAGAAUAGUCCACCAACAUCAUUAUUAGCAUAUUGUUCAAGCUUAUUACAACAAGGUGGACAUUAUCAGCGACGUGUUAGCCUUUUGAUGUUGUUAUCCACUUGGCUUGCCAAUUCAUCCGUUGCUGUUGCGAAUUUUGUCUCAAUAUCUACCAAUGUGCCAUAUCUAACAUCACAAGUUGGCCUAAUCGAAUCCGAUGAUGUUGAACUUAUUGUUCAAAGUUUAUGUGCCUUUCUAUUGGGAAUUUGUUUAUGCUAUAAUGAUAAUUCGGUGCCCAGUUUCACCAAGGAUAACCUUUGUCAAUUAAUAACUAAUCGAAUCGGACGAGAAAUAUUUAUUGAUAAAUUAUCAUUAAUAUCGAAAAAUGAAAAAUUCAGUCAAGCCAUUCAGAAACCACAGAUAGCCUAUCAAAAAGCAUCAGACGUAUUGUUUGAUUAUGAAUUUUGUAAUCUAUUUCGGAAGCAAGAACCUGUUAUAUUAAAUAUUAUACAACCAAACACAAAUGAUUCGAAUCAAAAUCCUGAAUCAACAUUAUCAAAUGAUGAUCAUAAAUUAUCGAUUAAAUAUAAAGAAUUAAUUCGACAACAAGAUGAACAAUUAACAUCGUUAAAGAAACAGUCAUUGGAAUUAAAAGCAGAAAAUGAAUUUCUUAAACAACAAUUGAAUGAACAACAUUCCAUUAUACAACAAUUACGUGAUCAAUUAGCAUUGCUCAAAGCACAAAGAACAAUGUAUGAUCCAAUGGCUGCAGUAACAUCAUCAACAUCUUUACAAUAUCCUAGUCCAAUCGUUAGUAGCGCCGAAAUUUCAUCAACAUCAUUUGCAUCGAAUGUUGCUAUUAGUGGUAGUAAUGCAACGAACAGUAGUAAUCAGGCAUUUAAUAAUCAACAAAAUAAUGAUAGCUAUAGCAAUCAGGCCACUAUCGGCAUCACUGAAUCGGGUUAUCUUUCCGGUCAAACAAAUUAUUCACAAUUCAAUAAUAAUGAUGAUAAUAAUUAUCAAUCUAGUAAUGAUAAUGUUCAUCAUCAAAUGGCAAAUUUACAUAUUGAAUCGGGCUCGAAUGAAAAUGCAGGUACAUCAAUCAAUCCUGUUGAUAAUCAACAGAUUGAUUAUUUGAUGAAUGAAAAUAGACGAUUAUUAUCAAUAAUUGAUCAAUAUAAAUGCUGGGAACAAAAUUAUUAUGCUUAUUAUAAUCAUCAACAACAACAACAGGCUAUUUCAUCCGAAUCAUUAUCCACACAGGUAAAUGUGUCGGACAGUGAUAUAUCACGUCAUGUAUCUGAAGCGGAUCGUCCACCAACAACAACUAAUGAAUUGUCAGAUAAUAAUGUACAUAUAGUUGAAUUAGAUAAAUUACGUACCGAAUUGGAAUCAAUAAGAAAAGAACAAGAAGCUCUAAUAUCAUUACUCGGUGAUCAGAAUUUGAAAUUGCAAUAUUAUGAAAAAGAAUUCCAAAAUAGAGGCUUAGAAUCGGUUUUAAAUGACAAAGCUACCAACGAUAAUAAAUCUUUGGAAUCGAAUCAAAUUCAAAAACAACCAUCGUCUAAUACAUUAGAGUCAACGAAUCUAAAUUAUCAACAAUCUAUUAUGCAACCAGUAUAUGAAAAUAUGAUGAAUGAAUUGAAAAUACCAUCAUCAUCAUCAUCGUUACCAACAACAAAUUCAUCAAAUAUGAUUAAUGAAAAACCUGUAUCAACAACAACAACAUCGAUCGCAGUUGUAACCGCUACAUCAUCAUCAUCAUCAUCAAUGAAUGAUAAUCCAAUUCAACAGAAUUUACAAACAUCGAAUGCUGCUCCUGCGCCUACCAUAAGUCUGUUACCGAUGCAGGAAAAUCAUUAUUCGUUGUAUAGCCAUCCACCACAAUAUCAUCAUUAUAUGCAUCAUCAACAACAACAACAAAUGAAUCAAUAUCCACUAAUUAAUUCUACACCGGCAAUAACAACUGCUACGGUAACAGUAUCCACUCAACAACAACAACAACAAUCGCAAUUAUAUCAACAUUCAAAUCCGGAAAUGCAUUCUUAAUCUAUUAUUUCUUUGCAAUUUUCUUUUAUUUAUUAUGGUGAAUCGAAGAAAAAAAUUGGAAUUUUUUUUUAAAAUAUUUA